UCUGCUCCCUGAUUCCCACCCUCAAUAAUUCCUUCACUCUCUCUCUCGCUCUUUUUACACUAGUGUAUUUCAAUGGCUGCAAAGGAAAUGAACACUAGCAGUUUCGAAGUAAAGUCUUUAGGAUUUUCAUACCCAACUCGAGUACCACACAGAAGUUUCUUCAUGACUCAAGUCAUCUUCAGGGUUUUAGCCGUUGCUUUUACAGUGGCUUCCAUCUCUGUGAUGGUUACUAGCGACCAGAAUGUCUUAGUUUUUGGGGUCAGGACUAGGGCUCGUUACAGCUACUCUUCUGCUUUCAAGUUCUUGGUUGGUGCAGAUGCAGUAGUGUCUGGCUUCUCUGUGCUUUCACUGAUCUUUGUUUGCCUUGGGAGUCGCCCGACAGCACAGUUUAUGAACUGUUUUUACCUUUUCUUGCAUGAUAUGGCGAUGAUGGUGCUGUUGAUAUCCGGAUGCUCAGCAGCAACAGCUAUAGGUUAUGUGGGUAGACAUGGAGCAAAACAGAUGACAUGGGUUCCUGUUUGUGAUUAUGUGGGCAAAUUUUGCAACCGAGUCAUGGCUUCUCUUGCUUUGUCCUACCUAGCUUUCUUAUGCUACCUUGCACUUGUUAAUUUUUCUGCCUACAAACUUAUGAUUCGACCCACUGACUGAGCUAUCAUUCAUGACUUUCCAUGUAUAUUUUGCAAGAAGAUAAGGUCUUUUAUGUAGUAUUAUUUGAAUAUCCGAUUGUAUAUAUUUAAUUAUGCAGCUUUGUUUUAAAGUUUAGGAAAUUAAGUUUAUUGAUAAUUUG